AUGGCUUCCACAUACCCGGAACUUAUCUGGCGUGAGGCUUCUCCGGGAGUAUGGCAACGUAGCGUAGAUGAGGUGGAGGAGUUCUACUCCGCGCUCCCCGUUCUCUAUGAGGGUAGCGGCCUGAUGUUCUUCGCCAUCACCGGCCACGUGUCCCUCAACAUCGAAGUCGGCGAGGGAAAGUCGGCCUCGGAGGCUGAGACGGCCGUGAAUCAAGCGUUGGAGAAAGCCUGGCUUGCUCUUCGUCACGACCACCCGACCAUUGCCUCUCAGGCGACUCAAGAUCCCACCAGUGGCAAGUGGACCAAAACCUACAACCAGUUCCGCGAUGAGAAGGAGCAGAAAGCCUGGGUUGAGAAGACUCUCGUAUCGGUCUCAACCAACCAAACGGGUGUAGAGUGGGCCAACUCCAACCCGCCAGCUCCCAAGGUCCCAACCCUCUUCGUCCUCAGCCCACCCUCGGACAAAGAGGGCGUCGUCCGUCGCGACCUUGUCCUCCGCUCUCCUCACGACAUCAUCGAUGGCAUCGGCACUUUGAUUCUCAUCAACAACUUCAUCACCCACGCCUCAAAGGCAUACGCUGAAGCCGAUGCCUUCCAACUUCCAUCCUUUGACGGCUCCGAGGCGGCGAACCUGAGCCCUCCCUACCGCGUGGCCGCCAACGUGCCUCCCACUCUUACAGAGGCCCAGCAGAAGCGCCUGGCCGAUAUGGCAGCUCAAAAGGCUGCAGCAAUGGAGCCGUCCGGCAUCGAGGUCCUCGAUAUGCCGUACAGGCGCGGCGCUACCGUUCCCAAGCGCCACCAGCGAACCUCCAUCACGCUCAACAAGGACCGAACCAGCCGUCUCAUCGCGGCAUGCAAAGGUGCUGAUGCGACGGUAACACACGCUUUCCACGCCGCCAUAGCGCUGGUCGUCCGCGACAUCCAGAAGCGCGGCGCCGAAGCCAAGCGCGUCCGUUACGUCAACUACAUUCUCCGCAACGAGCGCUCCAGCUGCCAGUCGCCCUACAACUCUCCCAAGCACCCGGCGGCGCUCUAUCACUCCGUCCCGGGACAGAGUCUCGUGGUCGACAUGGACCUCCCCGCCGAGGGCGAUGACACCCCACGCAACGACGAGUUCCUCCCUGUCGUCCAAAUCAUGAAGGAUUUCUACCACGGAAUCCGCAAUGACAAGGAGCACUACGCCCUGGCGCCUGUCAUCUGGGCGGCCGGCAUCCCCCCUGUCCCCCUUGAGCCGCGACCCCUGCCAGUGCCGCCGCCGAAGGAGCAUCCUUCCGUGUCGAUCUCCAGCAUGGGCCGCGUUGACAGCAUUAUUGCGCCCAAGGCCGGCGCUUUCGAGGCUCACAACCCGUGGGUUACCGGCGAGGAGUUGUGCAACGGCCUGGGUCUCUUCUUGGGCACUUUCAGAGAUGAGCUGUGUUUGAGCGCGGCGUACAACGAUGCUUGGCACACUGAGGAGGAUGUUCUUGAUUUCUUGAGAAGAUGCGAGGAGGUUGUGUUCCGCGGCUUCAACAUCUCUGAAGCUUGA